AUGUCAUCUCCAGCCUCCCGCCGCUCGAAUCGCAACUCUACAGGCGGCACCCCCCGCCGCAGCAGCCAACGCAGCUCCGAAGCCCCCAUGAGCGACGCUCCCCUCCCCACCUCCCCCAAUCCUCAGGAAGCCGACCGGACCACACCGCGCGCCAACGCAAGCAACUCGCAAGAGGAGUCGCAGUCGCAGAAUCCGCCUACUUCGUCGCCGCUGUUCUUCCGCUCGUCGCCUGCUGGGAGCCAGAGUCAGAGUCAGAGUCAAUCGCUAAACGUGCCUGCGGGUGCCAAUGGGGUCAAUGUCAGUUCGCCGCUGAGGCAGCAGGCGGAUGCGGGAAGCAGUUUGGGUGGGAGAACGCCGAGAGCGGGUGGAGGUAUUGGGGAUUCCUCGCCGAUCCACUAUGCCACCAGCUCUGACGCCGCAGAGCCCGUACCCAGCGGCAACCGUGCUGACAGGACAAGCUCAAGCGGCCUCUUCGUACGAUCACAGAAUGCAGGCGCUGCUGGCGGCGCUCGCAAUAGACGCCAUGAUUUGCACUCAGACAUGCUGGAGCCCGGCAGCGGCAGAAGACGCCUUUUCGUUGAUGAGAAUGGACUACCUGUCUCGGAGGAUCGCUCAGAUGCAGCAACCUUCUCCAACCUCAACCCAAACACUUCCGAGGCCAACCAGCUCGGCGGCUCACGAACGCAGUACAUCUGGGGCACGAAUAUCUCGAUCGACGACACCUUUACAGCAAUGAAGGACUUUAUGAACAACUUCCAGAAGAAGUACCGGAUGAUCGCCGAUGGAGAGCUCGAAGAGGCCAGUAACCUGGAAGCUGGACAUCCAGGCUUGGAGAAGGAGAACAUCAACAUGCUGAAAGCGAUGCUCGAACUUGGGACGAUCUGCUUCUACCUGGAUUGCCGCAAUCUCAAGGCUUACCCGCCGACCCGCAAGCUUUGGCAUCAGUUGAUGUCUUGUCCGAGCGAAAUCAUUCCUGUCAUGGACACGGUCGUCAAGGACGUGAUCAUCACCCUUGCUGAGGAGAAGGUGGACUCAAUGCGCUCUACUCAGUCUCAGCAGGCGCGCAGGAAUCAACAAAACAACCAGCAUCAUUCGAGCUCGAUGCCUCCCAUGCCGAGUUCAGAUAUUGACAAUAUGGACGGUCCAGCGAAUGGAGCUGCCCAACCACAGCAGGUUGAGGAUGCGGAAGACUUGGUUUCGGAGUGCGAACAAAGACUGUACCGCGUCCGACCUUUCGGUUUGGAUGAGACCAUCAAUCUUCGUGAUCUCAAUCCCAACGACAUUGACAGGCUAGUGUCGGUGAAGGGCCUGGUCAUUCGAACAACGCCCGUCAUCCCUGACAUGAAGGAUGCGUUCUUCCGCUGCUCGGUCUGCCACCACACUCUCAAAGUCUACAUCGAUCGCGGGAAGAUCGCAGAGCCGACGAGAUGUCCUCGCAACGUGUGCCAGGCGAGCAACAGCAUGCAGAUCGUCCACAACCGCUCUGGCUUCGCGGACAAGCAGGUCAUCAAGCUGCAAGAGACGCCAGAUUCUGUUCCAGACGGACAGACACCACACUCUGUCUCCCUGUGUGCCUACGAUGAGCUGGUUGAUAUCUGCAAAGCUGGUGACCGUGUCGAGAUUACUGGUGUGUUUAAGACCAACCAAGUACGAGUCAACCCUCGCCAAAGAAGCGUCAAGAAUAUUUUCAAGACGUACGUUGACUGCCUACACGUUCAGAAAGUGGACAAGCGACGUAUGGGCAUCGACCCGACGACGAUCGAAGAAGAGCUCUCCGACCAGGUAGCUGGCGGCAUGGAGGAGAAGCGCAAAGUGUCUGAGGAAGAGGAAGAGAAGAUCAGAGCUACAGCAGCCAGAGACGAUGUCUACGAUCUGCUGGCUCGGUCACUCGCCCCUUCGAUCUACGAGAUGGACGAUGUCAAGAAGGGCAUCCUGCUGCAGCUGUUUGGGGGAACGAACAAGAGCUUCGAAAAGGGCGGCUCGCCGAAGUAUCGAGGCGACAUCAACGUGCUGCUAUGCGGUGACCCAUCGACUUCGAAGUCGAAAAUGCUCGAGUACGUCAACAAGAUCGCACCGCGAGGUAUCUACACCUCCGGAAAGGGCUCGUCAGCUGUCGGUCUUACAGCCUACGUGACCCGUGACCCAGAGACUCGAAGUCUGGUCCUUGAAUCUGGCGCUCUCGUCCUGAGUGACGGCGGCGUAUGCUGUAUCGACGAGUUCGACAAGAUGAACGACUCCACUCGCUCCGUCCUCCACGAAGUCAUGGAGCAGCAGACCGUAUCCAUCGCCAAAGCAGGCAUCAUCACCACCCUCAACGCUCGAACCAGCGUCCUCGCCUCCGCCAACCCGAUCGGCAGCAAAUACAACACCAACCUCACAGUCCCACAAAACAUCGACCUCCCCCCAACCCUCCUCAGCAGAUUCGACCUCGUCUACCUCGUCCUCGACCGCAUCGACGAAACGGCCGACCGCAAGCUCGCUCGCCAUCUAGUCGGCAUGUACCUCGAAGACAACCCGGACAACGCCAGCCGCGAGGAAAUCCUCCCCGUCGAGUUCCUCACCUCCUACAUCUCCUACGCCCGCGCCAAUGUCCACCCCACCAUCACCCCAGCGGCUGGGGAAGCACUCGUCCGCGCCUACGUCGCCAUGCGCAAGCUCGGCGAGGACAUCCGCGCCGCUGAGCGCCGUAUCACCGCCACCACGCGGCAGCUGGAAAGCAUGAUCCGGCUGGCCGAAGCGCACGCGAAGAUGCGGUUGUCCGAAGAAGUCACCGCGGACGACGUCGAGGAAGCCGUUCGCCUGAUCCAAAGCGCGCUGAAGCAGGCUGCUACCGACGCUAGAACAGGUUUAAUCGACAUGGGUUUGCUAACCGAAGGCACGAGCGCGAGCGAGCGGAAACGGAGGGAAGAUCUCAAGGGCGCGGUGCUGGGGGUAUUGGACGAGAUGUUGCGAAGUGGGGCAGGUGGUGGCGCGAGGUAUGGGGAUGUGGUGAGGACGUUGAGCGAGCAGAGUUCUGUGGCGGUCGAGGGGCAGGAGUUCGCGGAGGCGGUGAAGGCGUUGGAGCAGGAGGGGAAGGUGCAGGUGCUGGGGGAAGGGGCGAGGAGGAGUAUUCGGAGGGUUACGGGGGUGUCGUGA